UCGAGCCUAUUUCGGAGAGUAAAAGAAUUUAAACCGAAAAUUUGUUAGUCUGAGCUUCUGGCAUAUCCCCUUUAACAUAACAGUGUUCUAUCCAUCUCACUCCGACUCAUGCCGAACGCGGCGAAGAACGAAAAGGAAACGUCGCCUAAUGGAUUCUUCGUAACAUAAAGUCAAAGACGUACGUUGUUUGUUUUACAAACUUUAGUUUUUCCAAGUUUUCGGUAUCGCAUCGACAUUGUCGAGGGCGGUGGAUGGCGUUGUCGGAACCGGAGCGUUUUUAUGAAACCGCGGGUCCCGUUAUUUUCGUCGCGGAAUCGAUGAAAACGUAAAAACAACGCGGAAUCGCGCGACCGUUUCACCAACGCGAUGCCAUUGCGCAGGGCGUAGCUAGACUUGUACGCGCGGCAGCUCCGUCUCACUCUAACCAACCGACCACCCCUGUUUUUAGGAAGAUAGAUCGAUCCGGACCUGUUUCGUGUAGAAGUUCUACCAAGAUGUCGACGAAAUGGCGCUUUUCACGAUAUAGUAUUUGUAUUUUCUGCGUUUAAAAUCAUCCCGGGGCGGCACCGGCCCGCAAGGAUUGGUUUUCGUGUGGUUUUGUGCGCGAAAAAACUAGUGCGAACGUGUACAAAGAGUUUACGGCGUCCCAUAUGAAAAUAACGGUUACUAAAUUACCACGUUUUCGCUUGUAAAUACGCGUUUUUAUACUUUUUCGUCUCGUCGCGAUUUUGUGAUAAAUAGAUUCGAUAAAUUUCGGAAUGAAGUAGGCCGGUGGACGGGGCGUUACGCAAUAUUAUGACCGAUAGGAAAAAAUAACGGUGGAGGCUAGCAGCUUGGGGUCGCGUUUAGCGUGUGUUUUUUUUCUUCCUGCAACCAAAUUACUCGGCCCUUCUGUUUUCUUUUCACGCGAGUGUUUGUGGCUUCGUUUCUGGCAAUAGUGAUGUGAGUCUCGGGUAAAUCCAUGUCCAAUUGUGUUCAAUGUGUAUGAUAUGGAAGUACACUCCAUGAGGUUAGAUCAUGGGCCUAUACAGACUAAUAACAUGUCAUACCCUCAACGACAGCCCCAGAAUCACAGACCGAACCACAGCCAGUCGACGCACGCCACUGCCGAGCUGUACAAACCGUCGCGUUCCCCAUUAUCCAACACGAGAUGUCCAUUUCCCAUGUCCCCCCAACUGCAGCAGACUUCAACGAAUAUCAAUCAAGUGCAGGUAUCUCAGAGGUAUCCCUCACAAGGGCCGACCGCCCCCGUGCCUACCUCCGCCGCCCCGCCGAACCAUAUGGGUGGCGUCGGUCCGGGUCCCAUCUACCACCGUUUGUACCGCCACCAGAACCGGAUUUCCCUGCUCCCUACCGAGUACGGACCUGGCGGGAGACCCCGCGACGCCGUCGGUCUCCUGGGGACUGCCGGGCUCGGAGGGGCCGCCGCGCAAACGCCCGGCCAGAGCAUCGUGUGCCUGGACGGCGGGUCCGCGACGCCUCCCGGUAACGUCGCGCAGGGGCAGCAGCCAUUGAAGAAAAUUCGGCUCACCGACAAGGAGAGCUUUCAACCCCUUCUGAUUGAUAUCAGGCCGCCGGGCGCUUACAAUCCCCAAGUGGAAGCCAUUUCGCCGAUAUUCGCAGAGCAGACGUCGCAAGAGGACCAGGCGUUUAAAACGACGAAGGACGAGCUGAUCCAGCAGAUAGGCAAGGUGGAUCGGGAGAUCGCCAAGGCGGAGUCGAAGAUCGCCAUCCUGAAGAAGAAGCAAGCGGAACUUGAAGAGAUAGCGAACAAGCCGGCCGUCAAGUCGGAGGUCGAGGAGGACACCCAGCCCAAACAUCAGAGUUGGCCCCAGAAAAUCUACGCCGAAAAUCGCAAGAAAGCCCAGAGUGCGCACGCUCAGCUCGACCCGCUCGGUCCGAAAGUCGAGUGGCCGUUGUACAACCAGCCGAGCGACACAUCGGUCUACCACGAGAACAAGAGACGCAACAUGCUGUUCAAGAAGCGCCUAGUAGAGUACUUCAAGGUGAGCCACGCGGAAAAAUACGCGCGCAACAACAACCUGGCCGCCACGUACAGCAAGAUGAUGCAGGAGUGGAUCAGGAAGGUGGACAAGCUCGAGUGCAGCACGAAGCGCAAAGUGAAGGACGCGAAGAAUCGCGAAUUUUUCGAAAAAGUGUUCCCGGAAUUAAGGAAGCAGCGUGAGGACAAGGAACGGUUCGGCUUAAGGUUUAACAGGGUCGGGGCACGGGUGAAAUCGGAAGCGGACAUGGAGGAGAUCAUGGACAACCUGCAGGAGCAGGCGCUCGAGGACAAGAAGAUGCGCAGCUACGCCGUGAUCCCGCCCAUUUUACUCGAUCCCAAGGACAGGCGGGUGCGGUACCAAAACAACAAUGGUUUCGUAGAAGAUAUGGAGGCCGUUUAUAAGAGCCGGCAGUACCUCAACGUGUGGACGCCGAUGGAAAAGGAAAUAUUCAAGGACAAGUACCUGCUGCACCCGAAGAACUUCGGCGUGAUUGCGUCGUACCUCGAUCGCAAAUCUGUGUCGGAUUGCGUUCAAUAUUACUAUUUGAGUAAGAAGACGGAGGGAUACAAGCAGCUGCUGAGGAAAACGCGUCGCGAACGCUUGAGAGAACGGCUGCGGUCCACCAGGAACCAGCCGAGCAAAGGAGGAGGCAGCAAUACGUCAGUCGUCGACAUUUUAACUACGGGGGUGACCACCAGGUUGCAACGCGAACAGCAACAGCGUACGGGCAGCGGCACGGCCCGGGGCGUCGACCCAUCGACGGUGGCCGUCACCGCGUCUUCUGCAGAUCCGUCCACGUCGUCCACGACGACGUCGCCGCCGCCGAGCACCACGACGGCGUCUAGUCCGAUGAGUGCAUGUGGAACUACUACCACCACCACCACCACCACCACGGCUAACGGAUUGGCCGCCUCCACCUCCUCGACGCCGUCGGCCGAGUGGGCGGGGCCUAGGGCAACGAGUUUAACCAGCCAGCCGACGCCGUCGUCGUCGGGGACGUCGACGGUCGCCGUGUCGACGUCAACGUCUGUGAUUUCGUCCGUCACGUCGUCGGGCGUGUGUACCCUGUCGACCACCCCGAACGCGAAUCUCAGCGGUGGCGGCGGCUCGUCCGCCGCUACGGACGCCGCCCCCGCCACCGAAGACAUCAAACCGGUGGUUAAGUUUAGUGACUUUAACUCGUUCGAGGACUACAACAACAGGAAGUUUUACGGCGGUAAUAGCGCCUCCGACGGCGGGGGCGGCGACAACAAGGGGACAACGGACAAGGGUGCGGGGUGCAGCGAGCCGGUCGGCGGACUCCUCGGCGCGGCAAUCAAAAAGGAAGUGAUGGACAGCACGCCCGAUAGUAUUAGUGAUCAAGCGACGUCCGCGACGGCUGCGUUGACGGAAAAUAAGAAGAAGAAAGAGAGGCGAAAAGACAAGGAAAACGCGUCGGUCGAAACUAGCGACGAAGAAACCUCUGCGCAGGACAAUAGAGGUGCGGCCGGCAGCUGCGCCGUCUGCCACGUCCGCCUCGAACCGCAACUGCACUCGCGUCCCCUCCAGCCGAGCCACGCUGCGCAGUACGGCCUGCGCGAGGACCAGGUCGCCGCGAACGCGCGCGUCUGCAACACGUGCCGCUGCAAGUGCGUGCGCUCGCGUUACACCCACUGUCCCCUGCCGAAUUGCCCGAACGCCCGCGGCAGAGUCAAGCGCCUGCGCUCCUUCCCGUACCGUUUGCAGGAAUUGCCGGCCGACGUGCGCGACCCCAUCCUCGCCGAGUUUCGCAUCCCGAGUGGCGUCACCAAGUGCUGUUCCGCGUGUUUCAACCGCGUGCAGAGACGUCUCGGUCCCGCGGAGGAGUGGCCCGACGACGACGUAAACCGACUGAAGACGGCACUCACCGAACUCGGGGCCAAUUGGCAAUCCGUCGGCGAACGGCUCGACAAACCGCCGCACCAGGUGCGCAGCUUCUACGCGGCGAACCGCAAACGUCUGAACCUGGAGGGGUGCCUAGGCGAUCGCAAACCCACCCUGACCGACGAAGAAGAGUCCGGAUCGAGCACGUCAAGCUGCGAGGAGCCGCUGCGCGAGCGCCACUCGAGCGACACGACGAGCGCGGCCGAGAGCCCGCCCGUCUCCCAAGGUCAAGGGCAGGGGGCUACGAAAAAAGAGGACUACGACUCGAGCGCGACCGAGACCGCGGACGAAGCGCAAACGCCCGACCAUUACCAGGCGACCAUCACGCCCGUGUCGAACGAUUACCAGGCGCGCCCGAACACGAGUCCGCUGAGCGUCAAAGAGCUAGUCAUGAACGAACUGCUCAUGAACGUGAUCGAGAAAUCGCUAAACAAGAAUCCGCAGAAUGUGGCGGGAGGCGGGGGCGCGAUCGCGCCCACCAUAUCGUCGAUCCUCAACAACGACUCGAACGAGGUGACUAUAGUUAGCGAGUACAACCUGGGGGGUGUGGCUAGAACGCAGCCCGCGAGGACCACGACCGCGGCCGACAUCAGCCUCACCAAGUUGGCGAACACGAUCGGGGCGACCAUCACCCCCGUGUCGGGGCCGAUGCAUUCCGCGCAGCAACAGCAACCGCCGGAGCCGCGAGACGAUCUGGUCGUCGUGCAGGUGACGGACGCACGCGACUCGAUACCCGAAACUCUCGAUCUCAGCAUCAAAAAGCCGAGAGAACCGCCGCCGCCGCCUCCCGCCCACUCGAAGCACCCGCAGCAACAGCAGCAGCCGAUGCAUGCGGCGGCCACCGCGUACAUUUACCACCAGGAGCGCAAGAGUCCCGCGUUUAUGCGGGCCACGCAAGCGAAACUGCCGAGCCCUCAACCCGCGAAUCCCAAGACCGGUUCGAUCACGCUGGGCACGCCCAUCAUCAAUCAGCCGCGGUACGACGGUCUAUUGAGGCAAAUCCCCGACACGAAGAUGGGUUCCAUCACGAAAGGGACCCCGAUACAUAUACCGCUGCAGCAGCAACAGCAGCAGCAGGACAAGCGGGUGUACGACUACUACAACAAACCCGGCAGGAUGUCGCAGCAACAGCAGCAACAACAGCAGCCGCAGCCUCAGUACCAGUACCGCCAACCUAGCGCGUACGAGCAACAGAUGACGUCGCAGAUGAGCUCGACGCGCCAAAUCAUCAUCAACGAUUACAUAACGUCGCAGCAGAUGCUCGGAAGACGACCGGAGAAGCCGCAGUACUACCCGGUGCACCGCACGCCGCCCCCGCCGCAGCAGCAACAGCAGCAAGGCCAGCAGCAACGGCAGGGCGUGAUUCAACGGCACACGAGGCCGCAGUACCUGCCGCCCGGGCACGAGGCGCUCUCGUCGCUGGUGGACGUAGCGGUGCAGCAACCGAACCUGCCGGUACCGAACGCGGCACCGCACGAGGGUCUCGGCAAAACGAUCGCGGACAACAUCAUGGAGCAGCCGCACCGAUUCCAGAUAAUCCAGCAGCAGCAGCAACAGCAACAGCAGAUCAGGCAUCAGCAGCAGCGUAUCGAGGAGCAGAGACGGGCGGCCGCGUACCACCAUCAGCAACACCAGCAGCGGCAAGCGGCCCGUUCCGACCCGAGCACCAUGACGGCCGCGAGCUUGAUCGACGCAAUAAUCACGCACCAGAUCAAUCAGACGGCCGAAGGUGGGCGGGGCGGCGAGGUGAUCGCGAACUCGAGGGAACCGCCCCGCGCGGGCGACCUCCUGUUCCAGGGGUUCCACCGCGAUCCGCCGAAUCAGGAUAACAACGGGGAGCAGCGUCCCUCGUCGGUCAUAAGCGUCGACCUCGACGGCGCCGACGUCAUCAACAAAAACCUGACCGUAAAAGAGCUGACCGAUUCGGUCAUAAGCCACGAUUUCGGCGCGAGACCUGGCGCGUACUACCACCUGCAACAGCAGCAGCAGCAGCAGGAGAACGUUAACGAGCAGUGGAAACGGCGAAUGCAGCAGCACAAAGAGGAGAGCAAACGCGCCGCGACGCCGCAGCAGCAGCAGCAACAGGACGAGCGUCAAAUCAUCAGAAUCGCGCAGGCGCAAAAGUACCACGUGGAGCCAGUGUCGCCGCCCGACAACAACCAUCAUUGGUCGGAGCAGCAGCAGCAGAAUUACAGACGGUACGCGCAGCCCCAAUCGCACAUAUCGCCGCUCGACUACGUGAAGAAUCGGAUCGCGGAGGUGAUGCGCACCGAGGAGGACAAGAAGGAGGCGCAGGACGUUCACGCGCAGCACCACCACCAGGACAAAGAGCGGAGCGACAGUCCGGGCGACAUGGUGAUCGACGAGGAGAAGCACGAAAACGAUUACGCGCAGCAGCAGCAGCAACAGCAAGGCGGUUACGCCUACUCGUACGACGGUGCGCGUAACAACGAGCCGAAACCGCUGCUGUCUGCGCAGUACGAGCCGCUCUCCGACGAGGAUUAGCGGUUAAAAGAGACGCGUCGCUUCCGGCGGUGUUAAGCGGCGCUUUUUUUCUCUCGUAUGUGUGUAAGGUGAUAUUUUUAGGUUAAGGUUUUUGCGAUAUAUUUGCGACGGACUAUAUAAAUAUACAUACAUAUAUUUUCUUUUUCGGUGGCGAUUUGAAAAUUAAAAACGUUUUCUAUAUAUUUUUACGUAAAUGGUAGUGUAAAACCAGUGAGGUAGAGCCGGAUUUUCUCCCGCCCCACAUGCUCGAUUAACUUGCUUGCAACAACCCAGUGAUAAUUGAAAAAGUUUUUUUCUGUAAAAUCCGACGUUUUUCGGCUACCGCACCUAUAACUAGAUCAAAAUCUUAUCGAAAUACAAUUAUUAAAAGUCAUUAAAUUAAGGAAACAAAUUUAAUUACAUCAGACCUCCAGUUUUAGUUAUAAUUGGUUGGUUUUACAAAAAAUAAUUAAAGUAAAAAACUUUUUUUAUUUAACAACCGAUUAAGUUCAAUAAAUUAAAGAUCUGAUUGCGGCAAUUAAUUUUCACCGCACGCGGUGUGGCAGCUAGGGUUUCGCGUUAAAUUUUACUACGCGGAAGCGGGAGGAAAGGCCGGAUGGAUUUUUUUUUAUUUACUUAUAUUCUGAAUACAUGUAGAUAAAACUAUUUUUAAUGGGUACCAUUGUUAAGGAGAGAUGUAAAUAAUUUGUAAAAGAGAAUCCUAAGUGUUAAGCCGCAAUUAGAUUUACGGGAAUCGUGCGACGACCGAAGGAUAAGACAGAAAAAAUGGAUUUCUUCGAAUCCUUGCCGCGCGAUUAAAGAAAAUAUUAAUUUUUAUCCCAUUACAAUUUCUUGUGCAUUUGAGAUUUAGGAACGCCUCCCCCUUGGACAUAGGAAUUCAGUGUGUUGCUUUCUAAGUGCAAUUAGCAAUAUUUUUUUUUGUCUGGGAGAGAGCGAAAAAGAAGCAGGAUCCGGUAAGGUUUUUUUUUCAAAUUGACAACGUGUACAUGUUAUAUUAGUUCGUGGGAAAUGUGUAAAUAAGUACAUUAAAAAUACAUUAUAAAUAUGACUAAGACGUAAUUUGUAAAUAUUUGUGAAUUUUUUUAAUUUUUAUCCGUUUUACAAGGUACAUAAUUUAAGUCUCUGCGCUUUCGGCGUCUCAAGAUUUUUGACGAACUGAUGAUUUUUCUACACUGUAAUACAAAAUGCUUCCAGAAUAAUGAAUAUACACGUCAAUUUUUUUAGUUUGUAACUACUUUCGGAUAAAUGACUUGUUAUUUUGUUGAAAUAAAUGACUAUCAGUUGGA